AUAAUGAAAAGCCAAUUUCAAAUUUGCUACACAUAUUUUUAGGUUAAAAACAAAAUAUCCCUGCUAAAAUCUGUGUGACUUCAGAGAACUGUCAAGUUUUUAUAAAUACAUUUAUUGACUGUAUUAAAAUCAAUUAUACUUUUCAGGAAUGUCGACCCAAGGAGUAUGUGAAUCCCCCAAUUGUUCCAAGCCUGCAAAGUUACAAUGCCCAACGUGCAUCAAACUAGGGAUUCCUGGAUCAUUUUUUUGCUCCCAAGAAUGUUUCAAGGAAAACUGGAAGGGUCACAAAAUCAUCCACUCAUUAGCUAAGGGAGAAGGCGGCAAUGAAAACGACGAAAAAAUAUACAAUCCAUGGCCAUACUUCCAAUUCACUGGCAAGUUGAGACCAUUUCCUCAGUCUUCAAAAAGAACGGUGCCUUCUUCCAUAAUGAGGCCGGAUUAUGCCGAUCAUCCACAAGGUUAUCCUGUAAGCGAACAAGCUGUUAAAGGCACCAGUCAGAUAAAGGUCCUGGAUGAUGAAGAAAUAGAAGGUAUGAAGGUCGCCUGUAAAUUGGGUAGAGAAGUUUUGGAUGAAGCUGCAAGAGUUUGUGAUGUCGGGGUUACUACAGAUGAAAUAGAUCGCGUUGUUCAUGAAGCCUGCAUCGAGAGGGAUUGUUAUCCCUCGCCUUUGAACUACUACGAAUUUCCAAAAUCAUGCUGCACAUCUGUGAAUGAAGUUAUCUGUCAUGGAAUUCCGGAUACGAGGCCUCUUGAAGAUGGAGACCUUUGUAAUGUCGAUAUUACUGUUUAUCAUAGAGGUUUCCAUGGUGAUUUGAAUGAAACUUUCUUUGUUGGUAAUGUGAGUGAGAAGCACAAGAAUCUCGUUAAAGUAACAUACGAGUGUCUCGAUAAAGCCAUUAAAUUCGUUAAACCAGGUGAGAAAUAUAGAGAUAUUGGAAACAUCAUACAGAAACAUGCCCAGGUCAAUGGUUAUUCUGUCGUAAAGAGUUAUUGCGGACAUGGGAUCCAUAGAUUAUUCCAUACUGCACCCAAUGUUCCUCAUUAUGCAAAGAACAAAGCCAUCGGUAUAAUGAAACCUGGCCAUUCUUUCACCAUUGAGCCUAUGAUUUCUGAAGGUACCUGGAAAGAUGUCAGCUGGCCAGACCAAUGGACAGCUGUAACAGCAGACGGUUUAUGGUCGGCCCAAUUCGAACAAACCUUACUAGUUACUGAUACAGGUUGUGAAAUAAUGACUCGAAGAAGAAGCAACAACGGUCUACCUCAUUUCAUGGAUAAAAUGUGAAAAUGUUUUCGAAAAUGGCGUCGAAUAAAAUUUGUUGAACAA